CGCUCCGAGCCCCCCACCCGCCGCUCCGCAGCCGGGACCGCGCCUCGCCUGCAGCUGCUGCCGCCCCUUCCGGGGGCUCCGGCCAUGGCCAUGACAGGCCCUACACCGUGCUCAUCCAUGAGUAACCACACCAAGGAGAGAGUCACAAUGACAAAGGUGACAUUGGAAAACUUCUACAGCAACCUCAUAGCUCAGCACGAGGAGCGAGAGAUGAGACAAAAGAAACUAGAACAAAUGAUGGAAGAAGAAGGCCUAAAAGACGAAGAGAAAAGGAUCAGGAGGUCGGCACAUGCACAGAAGGAGACGGAGUUCCUUCGCCUCAAGAGAACCAGGCUGGGACUGGAGGACUUUGAGUCUCUCAAAGUAAUAGGCAGAGGAGCAUUCGGAGAGGUGCGCUUGGUGCAGAAGAAGGACACGGGGCACGUUUAUGCCAUGAAGAUCCUACGCAAAGCUGAUAUGCUUGAGAAGGAGCAGGUUGGCCACAUCCGUGCAGAACGGGACAUCCUGGUGGAGGCAGACAGCUUGUGGGUUGUGAAGAUGUUCUACAGUUUCCAGGACAAGCUAAACCUCUACCUGAUCAUGGAGUUCCUGCCUGGAGGUGACAUGAUGACAUUGUUGAUGAAGAAGGACACUCUGACAGAGGAGGAGACACAGUUCUACAUUGCUGAGACCGUGCUGGCCAUUGACUCCAUCCACCAGCUGGGAUUCAUCCAUCGUGACAUAAAACCAGACAACCUCCUCCUGGACAGCAAGGGCCACGUGAAACUCUCGGAUUUUGGUCUGUGUACUGGACUGAAGAAAGCCCACAGGACAGAAUUUUACAGGAACUUGAAUCACAGUCUUCCCAGUGACUUCACUUUCCAGAACAUGAAUUCCAAGAGGAAAGCAGAGACUUGGAAGAGGAAUCGCCGGCAGCUGGCUUUUUCUACAGUGGGAACUCCAGAUUACAUUGCUCCUGAGGUCUUCAUGCAGACUGGAUACAACAAACUGUGUGACUGGUGGUCCCUGGGGGUCAUCAUGUACGAGAUGUUGAUUGGUUAUCCACCAUUCUGUUCUGAGACUCCUCAAGAGACAUAUAAGAAAGUGAUGAACUGGAAGGAGACCCUGACAUUUCCUCCAGAGGUUCCAAUCUCUGAUAAAGCCAAGGAUCUUAUUUUAAGAUUUUGCUGUGAAUGGGAGCACAGAAUUGGUGCAUCUGGUGUGGAGGAAAUAAAGAGUAACCCAUUCUUUGAAGGGGUUGAUUGGGAGCACAUCAGAGAGAGACCUGCUGCGAUUUCAAUAGAAAUUAAAAGCAUUGAUGAUACCUCAAACUUUGAUGAAUUUCCAGAAUCUGAUAUCCUUAAACCAACAGUGGCAACAAGCAACCACCCAGAGACAGACUACAAGAACAAAGACUGGGUUUUUAUCAAUUACACCUACAAGCGUUUCGAGGGCCUGACAGCCCGAGGAGCAAUUCCAUCCUAUAUGAAAGGAGGGAAGUAACACAGCUUUACCUGGGACUUCUGAGCCAUGGAAUUCUGUUGCUGUACUUUGGGUUUAUACCCAUAAAAGAACUUGUUGUUGUUUUUUUUUUAAAGAAAACUUGAGGGCUAUCAACUCUUGGAGAAGAAUUCAGGACCCUGUUUUGUUACACACCUGGUUGUUAUUAAGGAUUUUUUUUUCCCUGUGCCAUUGAAAAAUUCCACAUGUUUGCAUCAUCUCUGCUGCCAGCACCUUUUGCUGCUUCAGGAGCAAGAGUUUUUUUUUAUAUUUUUUGCCAGACUGUCUAGUCCAUUGGGAGAUGACAGCAAGCUUUCCCUUUGGCAUUGCAAACCAUGGAAUUCUAUAGGACUGUGUCCAGUCCUGCAUUAAGUGACAAACUCACUCUGCCAAUUCUGCCAGCACUGUUUGCCCAGUCCAGCUGAGGACUCCAGCACAGAGGAAACAAAGCAAUAAUUGAAGCUUGAGACAGACAACUCUCCAGGAAACUGUCUAGUAGAAGGACACAACUCAGAUUGCCUUAACCUUACUUUGUAGUGCUGUUUUUGUAAUGCUCCCUGGAAGCCUCUUCAAUUGCAUUUCUCAGCUCUGUCACUGUGGCCCCCAGUUCUGGUGCACUUUACUUUUGGUACUAAGUGACCCUCAAGCCAUUUAAUAUUUUUUCUAAAUUAAAAAAUUUUGCAACA